UGAGAGGGAUAAGGAUUUUGUAGAAUUUAAGGAAGAUGAGUAGCAAAGUGUUGUUACUCAGAGGAACACCAUUAUCGUUAUCAUUGUCGAAUUCGAAAAUCCAACACAAGUUGUUACAGUUUCGUAGGUUGUCUUCAAAAACAAAUUGUUCCUCUCUAGAACCUCCAAAUGUGUCUCAUUUGGCAAAAACAGCUCACAUCUCUCUUACCCCAACUGAGGUUGAAGAAUUUGGUCCUAAAAUUCAGCAGGUGAUAGGCUGGUUUGGACAACUGCAGGGUGUUGAUCUCCAAAGCGUUGAGCCCUCCAUAAGAGCAGAUACUGAAAACAAUUUGCGUGACAAUACUCCUGAAACAUUUGAUCAACGGGAUGCCAUCCUCGCUUCCAUUCCAACCUAUGAGGAGCCCUACAUUAAAGUUCCAAAAGUCCUAAAUGUGGACUAGAGUUUCUUAUUUGAGUUAUUUUGCUUAAAAGAAACUCAUGAAGACUAUUGCCUUGUACCUUGAAUUUCUUGGUUUUUUAUAUGAAACCAUCUCUUAUUUUGAAUUUUCAUGAUGGAAAUCGUCAUGGACACUGUACUUAGACAAACUUUGAAAUCUUCAUCAUCAUAAUUUGACAAUUAUUUAACGUGCUUGAUAAUGUAUUUGUAUAUAUGGAUACGAGAUUUGUCACAAAAAUUCAGUAGCACUGCUGGGACUUUCUUCAAGGUAA